UCCUGAUUCAGUACAAAACGACUCAUUCACGGCUCACACAUCUCUCGUGUACAUUCCAAUGGGCUUACCAGUGAUCAGAAAAGUUAUAGCAUCAGGAUUAAUGGGGGUGUCAUCUUUGCGACCGAAUUGCAGCAUGGCAGCUCUGUCCCGGUGCUGAACGUCACGUGCACCUUCGUUAUUGAUGAGCACACGAUGGUCACUGAACUUACACGGCAGCCAUGACAGACGUGGCCAUUCUUCAGGGAGCUUUCCUCCUGUCUGAUAAGUUAUGUCUGCCCUCCUCCUUGAGCUCUAUUCAAAAGUCUGAUUGGAAUAAGGUGGGCAAUCCCAUCCCAGCUGCACUGAGAGAAAUCUGCGGCAAGGAAGAUGUUGCCUCCUGGAGGAAGAAAAUCAUUUGUGUUGUGUGGUUGAAGUUGUUGAGCCGGGAGAAUGGAGAAGAUGUAGAGGAGGCCUGGACAGAAAGCGCCUUCUUCGCUUUACAGAACGCCCUCCCUGAGAUCAACCAUGUCGUCCUCAUGGAACUGGUUAAGUCCUUGUCAGCUGCAGACAUAUUUGUUGAUUUUUUACUUCAUCUCCCUCAACAACAGAUCUGCUCAGAGCUGGAACGUUUGACAGAACAUGUGAAGAGCAGCCCUAAGAGUGAGGAUGAUGUCCACUUCCUCCUUGAUGUUUGGCGGGAACUUUGGAAAGGCGGAGCUAAGCAGUUGAGGGAUAGUCAGGAUAGUAUGGAGUUGGUGUUUGCGAACCACGUGGCACAUCUCACCUCCAAGUCUGCUAGUUGGGAUCAUCAGGCUGCCAAGAGGUUGAAAUUGGACCCAGCGACAUUGGAACCAAACACUGAUGUCCUUGACAUUCUCCUUCACACCCUCAAAGAUAUGAAAGAACUCGUAUCUCAACCAGAGCUCUGCUUCCAUGCACUUUCCAGUUGCCUCAAUGCCCUUUACACAUCUUUCUUCAUUGAACAUUCAGUGUUGCUUCCAACUGAAGAUAAGAUCAUGUAUCUCUCCAAAGCCGUGAGCAUCAAAGAAAAUAGGGACAAGCUGAGUUCAGAACUUAUUCAGGAGGCUCAGCAAGAACUCAGAGCUUCUCAUACCCCAUCCCACCAUCUGAGCAGGAUGAGCUUUCACGAAGCCCUGAAGAACGUGACGGAACUCGCCCAGUUCUGGCAAAACCGCGGGUUGCUGAAAGUGUGCAGCAGCUCUACUCCCGCUUACGCAGAAUUCAAAUUACAGCAAAGUGUCCUCAGGAUCCUGGCCGCUCUAGAAAAAUCACACAUGAGGGAUGCCACAGCUGAACAAGAGGAUGAGAAGAAUCAACUCACAACUUUACUGGAGUCGUUGUCCUUCCCCGUUUUCGAAAGUACCUCUGAAAUGAGCAUGAGGGUUGCUGUUACCAUCAUCAGCCACCGCCUGGAGGACUAUCAAAAUGUUGCUUUGUUCUUCGCCGGUGAAAAAAGCUGGGUUGCCUGCGAUGAGCCGUGGUUGGACUGCCUCGUAAAGAACCAAGAAGCCUUCCAGCAGUGCGACACACUGAUCCAACUGUCCUCCACGCUCAGAAGUCAACUCCACACAGAGAACGUGAGCCACUGCAGAAGGCUGCUGAAAGUGGUCACAGCAGUGUUCACCACACUCUCCUUGGAGGACAAGAAUGAAGCUUUGACUGCUAUUCUGAGAUUGUCCCCUCGGGGGUUCUUUGGAUGCCCGGGUUCCUCCGCUUUGGCUGCCAGCUUUGAGCAGGAGCUCAAUAUGGCCUUCAACUGCAUCAUACAAGGAGGGGCCGGGGCACACACGGAAGGCAACUUGGGCACAGCGGUUUCUUUAGUAGCAAGGGUGGCCUUCCAGAACCCAGAGGCUACUUUAAGAUCCUGCUGUCAUUCUGCCAUUUUCAAUAAGGGCGCAUUCUGUCUUAUGAGUAAGAUCCUGCAGCAGUUGCCUGGACUCAGAGGUGUCACGGAGAGCAAAGGAGAAGAUGAACAAAGUGAAGAAAGGAGAAAUCCUACCAAAGGCAGCAGUCUCCUCUGCAGAUGUCUGCAGGAAACGAUAAUCAGCAGAUCACUGGCAGACAGCGAAAAGGAACAGUUCCUCAAGUUUGUGACUCUGUUGAUGAUGCCAACAGAGACGGGUGGAGGUGAAAGAGGGAGUCUUCUGUCACCUCAGGAGCUGGUCAACACUUUCGUCCUGCCUAACCUGUCUCUCAACAGUGGCAACUCCAUCGAUGUUGAGCUGAGCCUGCAGCUCCUACACGCCGCUUUGUGUGUGGACGGCCAGGAAGUAGACUCCUCCUCAGCUCGCGGUGUGCUGGACUGUUCCCCAUUUCCUCUGCUCUUCACCCUGGCCCAGCUCCAUGACCAGGCCCUCAGAUGUUGGGAGCAACCACCCAAGGGCACUGUCCACCGUUGGUCCAUGGACACCAAAGAGCUGCUUGUAUCAGUGCUGGUCCGACUGGCACAGUUGGUGGGUACGGAGGUGGCAGCCGCCCCCAGUCGCUGGUCCAGGGCUCUGUUCUGGCUCCAUGACAAGAUGAAGGAACUUGACUGGACGGUUUACUUCCACCUGAAGCCUGUGUGGGGCGAACACUUCAAAAACGAAGUGCCCUCAUCUCUGUUGACGGUGUGUGAGCUACCUGAGCAGGAAUGGUUGGGUUUGGACCUGCCCCAGUAUGGGUACGGUACAGGUCUUUUGGCGUGGAUGGAGUGCUGCACUUUAUCUGAUGAGCUUCAGUCCAUGAUGUUGUCUUGUCUUUCUCUGGACCGAAGCCAGCCUGACCAUGUUGGCAUGUUCAGUAAGGGCCUCCUGGUGGCAUUGAGCCAGACCUUUCCCUGGUGCUCCAUACCCCAAUGGAGCAGAUUACUCCGAGCCAUAAAGGAGCUGAUGACCUUGGGGUACCUCUAUGUCCCCUUUUCCCUGGAGUACGUGGACUUCUUGCCCCUCUUGGACCUGAGGAGGUUUUCCUAUGAGCUCUGUCUGUCUGUUCUCCUGCUGCGGGUCCUGCAGCUGCUCUGUGGAUCCAGUUGUUCUCAUUGGCUGUUAGGAGACGGUUGGGCCCACGUUGCCAGAUUGUAUGCUCACGCUGUGAGGGAAAUGGUGGACUCACUAAGAGCCAAGGUGCCCCUGCCUCCAUCUAGGCCUUUGGGGUCCGUCUUACAGAAAGCAUGUGGAGCAACACAGGGAGGCUCUGAUUCGAGACAAGACUCUUUGAAAGCCACACAAACAGAGGAAACUGUUCCGUGUCAGGAGGUCCUCUUUGUGCUCACUCAGCUCUUCUGCCAUGUUCAACACAUUCAGGUGAUGAUGCCAAGUGGCCAGAGCGAGCCUCUCUUCCUGGCCAGCCUGGAGAUCCUGAGUCACUACGAGGCCAUCGUCUGCGCUUUCCCACAGAGUAGCAGCGCGCUGGAGAACGACAAUACCAAGCACUUAUUCCGCACCAUCACAGAUAACCUGGAGAACCAGGAGAUGAAGUCUCUUCUGCAGCAGAAGAUCGCUCAGCUCGCGGCAUCCACCGCCUGAUAACGUCCCUCGCCAUUUUUCUCCUUGUGUAUUUCACGAAUGGAAAGUUCACUUUAGCACUUCUGCAUAUGCGGUUUGCAGUUCUAGCUCAUACAGUCCAUUGUGCUGUAGGAUCGGGGGGUGAAUUAAAGGCAAGUCUUUCACACCAGAUGUGUUUUUGGAUGUGUGAAGCUGAGCUGGCUGGUAAAAACAAAGACCGAUGAGUGCUGCUUGUGAAAUGUAGCAAUAGAGAAUUCCUAAAUUUAUCACAAAAAUGGCGAGUCAAAUUGUCUUUUCACAAUAAAAUCACUGAAUGAUUUCACUGAAUGCAUUCUUUCCAAAAGUAAUGAUUUCAGCUUGAUACAACAGUGUAUUGAAAUAAAUGACCGAUAAAUAUUACAAUAAUUUGAAUAUAUAGAUUUAUUAACUUUAAAAUUACUAAAUUUGUAACACAUGAAAUAUAUAUACUGUAUAUUUUUGGUGAUGCAUUAAUGAAGUGUUUCCCCCUGGAGUAUAUGUAUAUUAAUUAUGUUAUUAAGUUAAGCUAAAACACACAUUCCCCAACACUCUAUAGCAGGGGUUCCCAAACUUUACCAACUCAGGGCCCACUUAAAAAUCUAAAAAAUGUCCGCGACCCACCUUUGUCCUCAGUACAUAGACGAAAUGUGUUCUCAUAGCACUUAACUUAUUAUUAUAAAGAUUCAGGAUUGAAAUGAAAGUAGGGGGAUGAAGGAAGCCCAAACUUUAAAUCUGUGGUGUACACACAAGACAAAAUUAAUUCUCAUACUUUUCAUAACUGCAUUCAACACUGGCAUGAUGACCAGAGAGCUACGUUCCAAUCAUAAACUGUAUAAGGUUCCUAAAAUAUUGUGACAGGUCAAUAACACUCAAUUGGUUAUUACUUAGGCCUAUAAAUAUUUUACAAUACAAAUAAUUUUAAAAAUAUUAGCAAAAAUUAAUCAUAUUUGUUUUCUCUGGGUACUCCGGUUUCCUCCCACAUUCCAAAAACAUGCUAGGUUAAUUGGCCACUCCAAAUUGUCCAUAGGUAUGAAUGUGAGUGUGAAUGGUUGGUUGUCUAUAUGUGCCCUGUGAUUGGCUGGCCACCAGUCCAGGGUGUACCCCGCCGCUCGCCCAUAGACAGCUGGGAUAGGCUCCAGCAUCCCUCGUGAGGAAAAAGCGGUAGAAAAUGAAUGAAUGAAUGAAUCAUAUUUGUAAUGACCUCUCAUGGCCCACCACUUUGGGAAUAACUGCUCCAUAGUGUUUCCAAUAGCUAUGCAUUUGCCAAAAUGACUCCCAAAUGUUUAAAAGCUUCAACAACAUGUACACACAUCAUGCAUGCUUCCAUUUUUAUUUACACUAUUGAUGAUGCAAACAAUUCUUACAAAUAUAUCAUGUUAGAAAUAGCUGUCUAAAAACAGCGCUUUUAUUGGAGGGAUUUUUAGAUGAGUUAUUACAUAGAGAGGCUGGACUAAACCCAUUCAUAACGCUUUUUAAUGAUUUGUUUUCAACCAGUGUCCUCCUCUGUUGACUCCCAUUAAGUCCGCUUUGGUCAAAGGACGACGGAUGGUGCGAUCUGACACAUCAAGCUACUUGGAGAAAGUCUUCCAACCUUUACCUUUAACAUGAUUGUCUAUCAUUUUCUUUCUAAUCUCCUGAGUGUGCUACACACCGUGUCACCAAACAGCACAGUGAUUACCUUGUAGGCCAUGAAACACUUAUAUGCUAGGACUACGUUAAAAAGCCAUAGCAAUUCAGUAUGUGGAAUCAAACUACGGAUUGGACUGAGUAAGGACCUCAAACAAUGCACAACGAUGAGCCAAUUCAAGAAACAAUACAAGCAGUUGAUGUUUGCUAAAUACAAGGAUGAAGAGUCUUGAACCAGUCAUGAUGUGCUAUAUAUAUCACUAUAUUGACACUUACUAUGGUACACAUUAGGUCAUUGUAUGGGCAUAUCACCUUGUACUUCGGUACGGGACAAUUUUUUUAUUUUUUUUUUUAGAUAAAAAAAAAAAACAACUAUAUUAGGAAAGCAGGAAGUGAACAAAUAUAACAGUUACUGAUUGUAAAAGUACCAGAUGGAGGGGUAGGAUUUAAUAAGCUUUGCUUCUUCCUACUCCUUUUGGACAUGUAGAACUGGGAACUGAUUAUGUGAUGCAUUCAAUUGUAAUCUGAUGCAUGUUCAACUGA